AUGUCCAUCACUUCGUUGGAUAAAGAACUCCAAGAGCGACUAAGAGAGGCGUCAGCCAUCGGGGACAUUGACGAAGUACGGACAUUGGUAGAGAGUGGAGUGAACGUCAAUUCCCAAAACGAAAUCAAUGGAUGGACCUGCCUGCAUUGGGCUUGCAAACGGAACCAUAAACAGAUCGUGUCUUACUUACUUAGUAGUGGAGCAGACAAAGACAUCCUCACAGCCAAGGAUGAGCUGGCCUCGCAGCUCACAUCCAAACCGGAGAUAAAACGACUUUUAGGAGUUGAAGUGGAGGACGUGCCUGAGAUCAAGGAGCCUGAGUUACCAAUCAUCCCCAACUAUUUGUCCAACCCUCCUUUUUUGUACGCAAAGAUGGAUAACAAGAUGGAGAUCCUCCUUUCUCAACACCUUGCGCAAAAUGGGAAUAUGGAACACACAGAGUCUACCGAUAGCAAUUCAGGCCCACAUUCUCCAACCCAGCAGUUUCAGAUGUCACAGAUGCUGACAUCUGAUGACCCUGUUCCCCCUACAAAUCCCAUCACUCACAGCCAAGCUCAGGCCAGGGAAUUUGUUCCAGUGGCUGAGCAAAAUGGCACGGCACCUGGGUUAGUGUUAUCUCACAACCACACAGUUGUAAACUGUACAGUGCCUGCGGAUCUGUCUGUCGAGCCACACCUCGUUAACCAUGCAAUGCCACACAAUGGAACCAGGUGCUCGCCUCCUUUGGCUUCACCCAGCCCAGGUUUGGCUUGCAGCAAUGGGGGUCAGGUCCAGGCUCCAGUGCCCAACAGUAACCCAACAGUGAGCAGGCAGCAGUCUAUCCCACAGCAGAUAGGCUACAGUCAGUCAGGCGGAUCUUUGCCAGCCUUCCAGCCAUUUUUCUUCACAAGCACCUUUCCUGUCAAUGUGCAAGAAUUAGUUCUAAAAGUACGCAUCCAGAACCCGAAUGCCCGUGAGAAUGACUUCAUCGAAGUGGAGAUGGACCGUCAGGAGCUAACGUAUCGUUCACUGCUGAGGGUCUGCUGCCGUGAAUUGGACAUAUGUGCUGAGCACGUGGAGAAGAUCCGUAAACUUCCAAACACCAUGUUAAGAAAGGACAAAGAUGUCGCCAGACUGCAGGACUUUCAGGAGCUGGAGGUAGUGCUGGAGAAAUCUGAGGGUUUGUCAUUGUUCUCUGGGACAGGGAGCCUAACUGACAGACCCUGCUACAACAUGAAGGCCUCCCGCCUCACCUAUUAG